CCCGAAGAAGUAAAUGUCAAGACGCAAGGCAAAACCCUUACCAUUGAGGCGAAACAUCACCAUAAAGAUCAAAUGGGAGAAUCUAAAUUCGAAUUUUCGCGAGAGUACACCCUGCCCGACGGAGUGAAGCCAGAGGAAGUCACUUGCAAGUACUUGGCUGACGGAAGACUCACAAUCGAGGCGCCAUGUACUGCUCCAGCUCUUCCGGCUUCCGCUGACAAAGAUAUACCAGUUAAGCACGAAUAG